GUGGAUGGCAGCCUCCGCGCUGUGCUGCACCCGGGGGCGGACGACGCAGAUUCAGCGGCGGCGGGGUGCUCGCACAAGUGGCGGAUGGUGAUCGCCUACGACGGUACCAAGUUCAAAGGUUUUUCUCGCCCCUCUUCUCUGCACCCGGAUUCUUUAGAUCGGUGGUGUUUGUGUAUUCGAUCAUUAUUAGAUUCUUGGGGGUGGUGAUGAAUGGUUAUCGGCGCUACCUAAGGACGGUUGCAUCGAAGGGAGAAGAGAAAGCAAAUGGUUGCAGAAGGUUGGCAGUAUCAACCAUCACCUCCAACUAUACAAUGCUUUCUAGAGAAAGCACUGAUACGCAUCACGAAGCUCGACCGGAAGGAGCUUUGUUUGGUUGGUGCAGGAAGGACAGAUACAGGUGUUCAUGCACAGGGUCAGGUGGCACAUUUCACCACGCCGUUUGCCUACCAUUGUCUCGACAGCUUUCAUUCUGCAAUCAAUGGGCUUCUGCCUCCUGAUAUCCGAGUUAGAGAAAUUAGCGCAGCUUGUCCAGAAUUCCAUGCUCGCACAUCCACAAAGAGCAAAAUAUAUCAUUACAAGAUCUAUAACGAAGCAGUUAUGGACCCCUUCCAUACUAAUUAUGCUUACCACAGUGCACAUAAACUUAAUCCACAUGCUAUGCAGGAGGCUGCAAAUCAUUUUGUUGGAGUACAUGACUUCACAUCUUUCGCUAAUGCAGUACAUAAUGAUCGUGUGCGCAGUCCAAUAAAGAAGAUAUCACGCUUUGAUGUUACUAAGAUGGAUGCUAUCAUACAACUCGAGGUUGAAGGCACUGGCUUUUUGUACAGACAAGUGAGGAACAUGGUAGCUUUGCUAAUUCAAGUUGGAAGGGAGGGACUGCCUCCUGAAAUCGUCCCGGGAAUCAUUGCGGCAAAGGACCGCAAAGAACUUGCGAAGGUGGCCUUGUCAGCACCACCACAUGGAUUGUAUCUCAUGUCAGUUAACUAUGACAAAGAAAUCUUGAAGCCUCCUGUGGGUUCCCCUCCGGUGAGCUUUGGAAGGACUCAUCAGAUCAGUAGAUGCAAACUUCUGUUUUACUAGCACAAAUGUCCGUGCGUUGCAACGGGAGAAAAUUUUAUAUUUAUUAAUAUAAAACACAUCCCUUGUUCAUUAAAAUUGUACGUGCAGAUCCCAUGCGUUGCAAUGGUAAUAAAUUUGAGCUUGUGUGGUAUUCGAGAGUUUACCUGCCGUCGUGCAUAGUACAUUUGCUCGUGCCUUGUGUUAGAAUACAACUUGUGUUAGGGUUAUGACUCAUACUUGGUUUGUAAUAAUGCUAGGUCAGGGGUGGCUUAGCUCUUAUAUAUACUUCUUAUACCGGCACAA